GACCUGUAAACUCAUUAUAGAGAAGUCGUAUAUCCUUUCCUUCAUUAAAACCAUGUCUGAUGACAUUUUUGUAUAUAGUUUUGUAUAUAGUUUUUAUAUAAAAAAUUGUUUUUCUUCCGCUAAAAAUUUUGUUCAGAAGAUCGGCAGGAAAAGAUUUUUUUUUAUAUCUAGAGUUCCAAUCCGCGGAUUAAUUGAUAGACACGUUUCGGCAAUUACUAUAUACGUGUUUAAUCAAUCAUAGAAAUCCUUAGCCUAUAUCCCGAUACACGAUAUAGUAAAUUUAAAAUUUCUUCAAAUAUAGAAAAAGAGAUAAAUUUAAUUCGGAUUGAAAAUCCAUCCGACGCAAUGAAAAUUCAAAUUAGAUUUCC